UGAAGUGACAACAGGACUAAACAUGGUGAAGAAAGGCCGCUCUGAGCUGAUGCUGCUCAUCCUUUUCAUGCUUGUGUUUUGGUUAGAAGCAAAGAUACCCAAAACCAUAACCAUUCCUUCUCAGACACUUACAUGGCAUCUAGCGAGAAAGUACUGCCAGGAUAACUAUAUAGACAUGGUUACCUGGGACACAGUAGACAUGGACCUGUUGACUGAUUGGUUGGUGUCACAAAGCCACGAAAGGGUCUGGAUUGGUUUACACGAAGAUCCUGAGCACCCAUCCAUCUGGAGGAUGAUCGAUGUAAGAACUGGUAAUGGCUUGACAGGAGAUGAUGUUUCAAACAGUACAAAUUGGGCAUCACCACCACAAUCAGGUGCCAGCUGUGGAUCUUAUAGCACCACUGAUAGAAAAUGGCAUAGCACAGUUUGCUCUGAACGCCUAAAAUGGAUGUGCUAUGAUGAUAAGCUGGUGCUGGUGAAAGAAAACAAGAUGUGGGAGGAUGCAAUGAAUCACUGCAAGGGCAUGUCAUCAGAAUCCAACAAAUGUGACCUUGUCAGCAUGUCUGGUUCAUCUGACUUUAACUAUGUGAGGAAUCGUAUCUACGGAGCCACCAGCGAUCAGGUUUGGAUAGGCUUGCGCUUUCUGGGAGGGGAGUGGUGGUGGUCUGAUGGAGAGAUGCUGGAACAGGAAGCGACGCUGCCAGGUUGCCCCAGCAAGUGGAAACACUGUGGCACCGUGUCGAAUCAUAACAAAGAAAACUGGAUUACCAGAGACUGCUCUGAGAAAAGAAACUUCAUGUGCCAUUGUAAAGCAGUAGCUUAACUAGAAGAAAAGCUGCGUCCCCCUUCUUAAAGGUUAACCUGCAUGGCAUUCUUUUCACUUACGUAGAAUUUUCUUUCGAUAGACAAAUAUUAACAGUUAUGGGAGAGACUUAGAAAUAUUGAUGAAAUUUCUUUUUAUUUGUUGCUUCUGCCAAAGUUUUAAGAUUCUUAACAUCUAGAAUAAAUAGGGUUGUGAUAAAUGCAUGAAAGACUGCUUUCAGUGGUAAGAACCAUUAUCUAGAUAAACACCCAUAGGUAGAAAGUAGUACCUCUAUUUACUUUUACCAGUCAAUUUAUGUUUUUUUAGCCACACUUUUGCAAAGUUGUUAGCACUGUUGUCUUGCAGCAAGGAGAACGUGGCUUUUAAAGCUUACCUUUGAUCGUGUUGUGUAUUUAAAAAAAAGCUGUAGAAAUAAACUUGCUUUGCCUCAGAA